UAUUGUAUAACCAUCAUAUAUUUACAGAAAGUGUGUAUACACCAUACUUACUAAUAACACUACACUCAUACAACUAUUUGUACCAUGAAAGACACUUUAAAAAAAAAUAUUUCUCUUCCUUUUAGACACAACACGUGUAAUUUCUUCCUGUAUUGGGUUGUUUUCCCAAUUGGGGAUGUUUUUUUAAACCAGAGAAAACCAGGAUCCCUGCUGAUCACAGAGAGGACUAGUAGCAAAGCUGGCCACAGCCCCCACACCCCCGCCAGGCUCCCAAACCCCGUGCAGUGUCACAAUGCCUCUCAGGCAAGUCUUCAAAAUGAACCCUUCGCUCUCCUCCAGGGAAGCACAACAUUGCGGGCACAAGUUUUGGCGGCGCCAGAACAGACCCGAGGAGGGCGACACCGCUUUGUCCCCGGCACCUUGAGGGGUCGAGCAAAGGCCUGUGCAGGAAACACCGCGAGGAGGAACCAGCGGCUCUUCAAGCCCAGCGACCCGGUAGGCGGAGGCCACGAAGGUUUCUCACACAAAAGACACAACUUGAUGCAACUUUCCCCGAGACCGCAGCGUAACAGGUGCGGGCCCCCGCCCCGCAAGUCCCGCAGCCCGCGCCGCCUCGGCCAAACCAACUUUUGGGUUGGUGUACGUGAAUAAGAACAGUCUGUCAGCAAGUUGAAAGGUAUACAGCAGCAAGAUGUCGGGCCGAAGUGGGAAAAAGAAAAUGUCCAAGAUGUCACGCUCCACCAGGGCAGGUGUUAUUUUCCCAGUGGGGAGGAUGAUGCGCUACUUAAAGAAAGGAACAUUCAAGUACCGGAUAGGUAUGGGAGCACCAGUCUACAUGGCGGCUGUCAUAGAAUAUCUAGCAGCUGAAAUACUAGAACUAGCAGGAAAUGCAGCAAGAGACAACAAAAAGGGAAGAAUUGCCCCCAGACACAUCCUCCUGGCAGUUGCUAAUGAUGAGGAGUUGAACCAGUUGCUAAAGGGAGUGACCAUUGCAAGUGGAGGUGUCCUACCCAGAAUUCAACCAGAGCUCCUUGCCAAAAAACGUGGUGCUAAAAGCAAAUCUGAGACGAUUCUUUCCCCAUCUCCUGAGAAGAGAGGAAGGAAACCUUUGGCGAGCAAGAAGGGUGGGAAGAAAGCAAAGGCCACCAAAGCCUGGACCCCCAAAAAGAACAAACAGAAGGAGAAUGAAAAAGAAGGGGCAUCAAAUUCAACAUCCGAGGAUGGACCUGGGGAUGGAUUCACCAUUCUGUCGUCCAAGAGCCUCAUGCCAGGACAAAAGCUUUCUCUGACACAGAGUGACAUCAGCGAUAUUGGUUCUAUGAAAGUAGAAGGCAUUGUUCACCCAACAACUGCUGAAAUAGAUCUCAAAGAAGAAAUAGGUAAGGCCUUGGAAAAGGCUGGAGGAAAAGAGUUCUUAGAAACAGUGAAAGAGCUCCGCAAAUCACAGGGACCUUUGGAAGUUGCUGAAGCUGCUCUCACCCAGUCCAGUGGGCUUGCAGCAAAGUUUGUCAUCCAUUGUCACAUCCCUCAGUGGGGUUCAGACAAGUGUGAAGAACAGUUGGAGGAGACAGUAAAGAACUGCUUAACAGCUGCUGAAGACAAGAAGUUGAAGUCAGUGGCUUUCCCCCCUUUUCCCAGUGGCAGACCCCAACAAGCUAUGCAGCAGAAUGUCCCUCCCAACAAAAACUUUACUGACAUGUAUAUCCAUUCUGGGAAGAGACAGCUAUGUGGACCACUAUCAACCCAUAAGGCAUACAAAGUUUGCAAGGCUUGGAUGAGAAAUUGCUUCCCAAAACAGACUGCAGCCCAGGUGACUCUCAAAGCCAUUUCCGCCCAUUUUGAUGACACCAGCUCUUCCUCCUUGAAGAACAUUUACUUUCUGCUCUUUGACAGUGAGAGCAUCGGCAUCUAUGUGCAAGAAAUGGCCAAGCUAGACACCAAGUAGCAAUGGCAGCCAAAUUAAACUUUAUUUUUCAACAUAAAUUUGCGUAGCAUUAAAAGCAUUAGAGGUUUUAUUUUUAAAAUGUGCUGAGGAGGGGGAAAUGAUAGUAGUGUGAUGUUUUGUGACUUGAUGGAGAGCUUUUGCUAUGGAUGAGAGGGUUUAGUCCGUGAUUACUUCAUGCUGUUGGCACCCUCUACCAUUUCAUAUCACCUAGAAGAAAUCUUAAUUACUUUACCAGCUCUCUUCAGGAAUUUGUUUAAUGUGUCUCCUUGUUCUUUUAGCUUAGGACUUCUAAAAGUAACCUCAUUUUAGAUUUGUAGCAAUGAAUUUUACACACAUACCUUGUUUAAAGAAAGCUCUUAAUUUUGUAUUCCCUUUUCUGUUCUUGAGGGUGGAUGGCAAAAAUGUUCAUUUUUUGUCUACAUUCCAUAGUGGAGAGAGAAUUUCAAAGACAACGCAUGAUGAGCUUCUAUUUUGUUUUAGUCCAUAAUCUCUGUAAUUACUGAGGAUAUUUCAUCUUGGAUUUUUUGUUUGUUUUAUAAGAAAAAACAAAAAAGAAAAAGUGCCAAGUGUAUUUAUUAUAAACCUUCUACGAAUUUAAGACACGUUUCAUCCUCCUCCCACACACACACAUGCACGCACGUGCGCACACACUCAAUAGUAUCUCCAGUGGGUGGGAGUAUUUGACACACGUAUAUCAAGCACAAAUAAAGCGUGGGUGGUAUUGGGCAAAAAUGGAUGGCUUUUGGAGCCAUUUUUCCACUGCUAUUCAAAUUAAAAAAAAAAAAAAA